AUGGAUUCAGAUUUAUUCUUAAUAAUUUCGUUAUUAAGUUCCAUGGUCGUCUUUAUAUUUGUUUUGUUACUAUAUUGUUUAAUUCGCUAUUAUACUAGAAAUGAUUUUAAUAAUAAUGGUGGUUAUCAACCUUUGAAUCAAUCUUCAAUAACAGAUCAUUUUAUGGGAUCUAAUUCAAAUGAUAUACCAAAAGAAUUUUUAAAUGAUGAAGAAAGUUUAAAACAAUUAGCUUAUCAAUUUGAUUUUACAAAUUUAUCACCAGAAGAACAACAACAGUAUUUAAAGGGUCAAGAAUUUCAAAUAAAUCAUCCAUUAGAUAUAACCAAAAUUAAAGGUAAAAGUUUUACUUCAACGGAUGAAAAAAUUAUCAAAGAUUUUGGUAUAAAUGCUUUUAAAUUUGAAAAUGAUUUAAAUGAUGUUAAUCCUAGUUUUAUAAUUUGUGAUAAAACUGAAAUAAAUUUUUUAAAUAAUGAUUUACCAUAUCAAACUAAAACUUCAAGUUUAAAUUAUCCAUUACCUGUUAAAAAUAGAACUUAUUCAGAUAUUAUAUAUUGGGAGACUAAAAUUUUUGAAUUUAUACCAUCUACUUCAAAUUGUCAUUUUGCAAUUGGUUUAAUUACAAAACCUUAUCCUACACAAUUUAGAUUACCUGGUUAUAAUAAAUUUUCAAUAAGUUAUGAAUCAACGGGGAAUUUAAAAAUUAAUAAACCAUUUCCAACUCCAUGUCAACAACAUUUAAAUGAGCAUUCUCAAUAUAAUGCAUUAGUUUUACCUCCAUUACAGCAAUCUGAUAUUGUUGGUUUUGGUUAUGUUAUAUCAACAGGAACAAUUUUUAUAACAAGAAAUGGUAAAAAAAUUUUAGAUGUUUUAAAAGGUUGUUUUAUUGAUUUAUAUCCAGCAAUUGGUUGUUUUUCUACUAAUGCAAAAUUUCAAGUUAAUUUAGGACAGUUGGGUUUUGUUUGGAUUGAAGCAAAUGUUCGAAAAUAUGGAUUUAUAUCAACCUCAGAUUAUAAAAAAUUGGGUGGAGAUCGUGGUUUAGCAAGUUUACCUCAAUAUAAUAAAUUAGCUGAAGGUAAUAAUAAUGAUAAAAUUUUAGAUAAAGGAGAAGAAUUACCACCAAGAUAUAAUCCUGAAGAAGAAUUGGAUUUCUUUGGUAGGUCAUCAACUGAUGUUAGAGUUGGUUCAAGUAAUCAACAUAUGAAAUUAAAUGAAAAACGAGAAGGAAAAGAAGAAGAAGAAGAAGAAGAUCUAGAUGAAGAAGGUGAAAUUUCAAAUGAUAAACCAAAAGGUAGUUCAUCAAAAAUAACUAAUGAUGAUGAAGAAUUAAUGGAUUUAAGAGAAAGAAUUUAUGAACAACAUAUUCAAAAUGAAAAUGAAUAUGAUGAAAAUAAUAAUUCAUUGAAGAAAGAUGAAGAAGAGGAAAUUGAAAUACCAGAGGAAUUUAAUGAAAAUCUUCAAGAAGAUGCUAAUACAGGAACUGAUCAAGAAAAUACAACACGAACAAUUUUGCAAGAAGCCAAUGAAUCAAAUAUAGAAAAUGCAGCACACGAUAAUGAAGAUAAUGAAGGUAAUGAAGAUAAUGAACAAGCUUUAGUAAUUAAAAAUCAAGAACAAAUUCAAAAUGAUACCCUUACAAAUGUCGAGUCAGAAGAAUCACAACAAGCCAUUUCCAAAUCUACAGAAUGGCAAUCAUCAGAAGAAUCAAGUCCGACUCCAGAAGUAGAAGGUACUGAUGAAACUCAACAAUCAUCAUCAACAUCAUCUCAACCAAAACCAAAAACUUCAAAUUCAAAUAAAAAGAAGAAGAAAUCAGGCAAGAAGUCAAAUAAAAAGAAGGGUAAGAAGAAGUAA